UCAUGGCCUCCCUCCUCACUGGGUUUGGGCAGUUAAUUGUUCUUGUGAUUUUCUUGUCUCAACUCACAGCAUCACUUCCUCUUCUGGAGAGGACUCAGAGGCAUGCAGAUGGAGUAUUUCACAGCGAACUCGGCAAGAUGAAUGAAAAUGCCUAUGUGCAGCAAUUAGUCAAAUCUCUUAUGGGCCUCAAUCAAAGAUAUCAGCGGCAUGCGGAUGGCAUGUUUACCAGUGAACUCAGCAAAAUGAGAGGAAAUGCACAGGUUCAGAAACUAAUCAAGUCUCUCGUGGGAUACAAACGCAGUGUUCCUGAACCAUCUGGACCAGGACAGCUGGAGGAGACUGGCUUUAUUAAUCAAGCUGAAAAUGACUUGGACUCAAAAGAGAUACUCACUAAACUGAAGGCUUUCCUGCACCAUGUACAAAGUCUCAGAGGAUGUGAUAAAGAAGAUGGCUCUCAGGGAUUCAUCAGCCAAGCCAUACCAGGGAAAUCUGAGAGUGACAGCCACUACAAUGACUUUUGCUUCAUGUGGUUAUACCAGAGCUUUUUGAAUGAUAGUGGCUCAGACAGCAAUGCAAGGGAAGCAGCUCAAGUAACUAGCCAAUACAUUUGCCCUGCCUCCAAGCAGCAGACUGCAACGAAGAAUGAUGAAGAAUCCGAUUUUGACUAGGCACCAGUGACUGAACCUGCAGUGUGGUGGGGUGAACCCCAUUUAUACCUGGCCUAGAAAUAAAUAAGGAAGCUAUUGAAUCUCCUUCCAGGAUAAAAGUAUAAGGGGGUGAAACCAUAGAAGCAGCUAAAGUCAUGGUAAAGCAACUCAUAUAAUCAAGAGCAAUGUCUGUGUGUGAAAUUGGGGGUGGGGGAACACUAGCUGGAAUGUAAAUUAUGUAAGUAGCUUCUAUUGUACUUUAUUCUCUGC